AUGAUAAUUAUCUUAACAUCUAUGUUGGUUAAUGGAGUCGAUGAAGAUCCAACGUUCAAUUGGAAAGAGGAAGAUCAGAGUGUUGAAGCGAAACCUUUCGAACAAGAUGGUGGUACCAAUGAUAAUAUCGAUAGGAGAUAUACACCUGUUCAACUUUGGAGAUUGUUCUUCGAUGACCAACUCAUGUGCCGUAAAUUUUUCGGUGGUCUUAUCACCAAAACAAUACUAAAAGUAUUUUUCUGUUCUGUGAUGUCAUCGGCUUUCUUCAACCUCUCAUGGAUCAACUCCUAUUGGAAAACGGAAUUCUACUAUAUACAAGCAGUUAACUCCAAGAUUAGUAAGGAUCAAUUCAAAUUCUUGCUCGCCAAUAUGCAUUUUUCCACCCCGACGGCAGUGCCACCAGUAUCGACAGGACCAUGUAGAAAAAAGGUAGCGGUCACCACAAACAACAACUACCCAGCCAAGAGCCUCUGUUCAAGAUCCGCCACUAGUAGUAGACAUCCUUAA